AUGUGGUCCACUCGCCUGCUCUUUCUCUUCGCUCUCUUCACCCCAGUCACCCUAGGUGUGGAGAUGUAUGCCAUCCGCCCCAAUAGCCCUUGGUGCCCGUCCGCCCGCCUGGGGUGCAACAACCGGACCCAGUGUGUGGUGGUGGCCGGGCCGGAUGUGUUUCCUGACCCAUGUCCCGGCACUUAUAAAUACCUGGAGGUCCAGUACGAGUGUGUCCCUUAUAAAGUGGAACAGAGAGUGUUUCUGUGUCCAGGGAUACUCCGAGGGGUCUACCAGAGUGAGCACCUCUUUGAGUCGGACCACCAGUCUGGAGCCUGGUGCAAAGACCCCCUGCAGUCGUCCAACAAGAUCUACUACAUGCCCUGGACGCCGUACCGGACCGACACGCUGACCGAGUACUCGUCCAAGGAGGACUUCAUCGCCGGGCGGCCCACCACGACCUACAAGCUGCCGCACCGCGUGGACGGCACGGGCUUCGUCGUUUACGACGGCGCGCUCUUCUUCAACAAGGAGCGCACGCGCAACAUCGUCAAGUUCGACCUGCGCACGCGCAUCAAGAGCGGCGAGGCCAUCAUCGCCAACGCCAACUACCACGACACCUCGCCGUACCGCUGGGGCGGCAAGUCCGACAUCGACCUGGCCGUGGACGAGAACGGCCUGUGGGUCAUCUACGCCACGGAGCAGAACAACGGGCGCGUGGUGGUCAGCCAGCUCAACCCGUACACGCUGCGCGUGGAGGGCACCUGGGACACCACCUACGACAAGCGCUCGGCCUCCAACGCCUUCAUGAUCUGCGGCGUGCUCUACGUGGUCAAGUCCGUCUACGAGGACGACGACAACGAGGCCACGGGCAACAAGAUCGACUACAUGUACAGCACGGAGAAGAGCCGCGAGACGCACAUCGGCAUCCCCUUCCCCAACUCCUACCAGUACAUCGCCGCCGUGGACUACAACCCCCGGGACAACCUGCUGUACGUCUGGAACAACUACCACGUGGUCAAGUACUCGCUGGACUUCGGCAACAACGGUCUCGACCCCCCCUCCUCGGUGCUGCACCCAAACCAGGAGCUGACGCCCCUCAGGACGUCCACCACCAGUCGCCCGCACGCCUACACGGGUACCAUGCGUCCUUUCCUGACCUCCACGCUGAGCCCGCGGGCACGGAGCACUACCAUCCAGCCGCGGCCCGUCGUCCCCGACAGCGCUGGUGGCAGCAAUAACAACAACCUCGUCCCCGAGCACAGCCCCCCUCUGCAGCCGUCCCCCCAGCCGCCCGUCGCCAUGGACUUCUGCCUCCCGCGGCUCGUGGACGAGAUCUCCUGGCCCCGCACACACCAGGGCCAGGUCUCCAAGCAGCCGUGCCCCGCGGGCACCAUAGGCGUUGCCACAUACAUGUGCACCCCACUGGGCUACUGGGAACCCCAGGGGCCAGACCUCAGCAACUGCUCGUCGCCGUGGACCAAUUAUAUCACCCAGAGAAUGCGCUCGGGCGAGACGGCCGCCGUGGUGGCGCAGGAGCUGGCGGAGCAGACCAAAGGCGUGCUGCGGCCCGGCGACAUCCCGUCCACCGUCAGGGCCAUGGCACAGCUGGUGGAGCUGCUGGACAUCCAGCUGAGGAACCUGACGCCCGGGGGCAAGGACACGGCUGCCCGCAGCCUCACCAAGCUUCAAAAGAGGGAGAGAGCCUGCAGACAAUUCGUUCAGGCCAUGGUGAACACGGUGAAUAACCUGCUGACCGUGCGGGCGCAGCCGGCCUGGCGGGAGCUGGCCACGGGGGAGCAGCUGAGGUCGGCCACCCUGCUGCUGGACACCAUGGAGGCGGGAGCGUUCAUGCUGGCCGACAACCUGCUCAAGACUGACACCGUGCAGGAGAGCGCAGACAACAUCCAGUUGGAGGUGGCGCGGCUGAGUACAGACGGCAGCUUGGACGAUCUGACGUUCCCCCAGUCUGAGCUCCAUGGCAACUCCAUCCAGCUCUCUGCAAACACCCUCAAACAACAUGGCAGGAACGGGGAGAUCCGCAUGGCGCUGGUCCUCUACAAGCACCUGGGCCAGUACCUGUCCACGGAGAACGCCCUGGUGAAGGUGGGCAACGAGGCGGUCUACCCCAACUACUCGCUCAUCGUCAACUCGCCCGUCAUCACCGCCGCCAUCAACAAAGACACCAACAAGGUCUACCUGUCGGAGCCGGUGAUCUUCACCGUCAAACACCUGCAGCACUCGGAGGGGAAUUUCAACCCCAACUGCUCCUUCUGGAGCUACUCCAAGCGCACCAUGACGGGCCACUGGUCCACGCAGGACUGCCGACUGCUGGGCACCAACCGCACCCACACCAGCUGCUCCUGCACCCACCUCACCAACUUCGCCGUGCUCAUGGCCCACGAGGAGGUCAAGAAGCAUGACCCGAUGCAGGUGCUGCUGCUGGACGUGAUCACGUGGGUGGGCAUCCUGCUGUCGCUGGUCUGCCUGCUCAUCUGCAUCUUCACCUUCUGCUUCUUCCGCGGCCUGCAGAGCGACCGCAACACCAUCCACAAGAACCUGUGCGUCAGCCUCUUCAUGGCCGAGUCCCUCUUCCUCGUGGGCAUCAACCGCGCCGACCAGCCGAUUGCGUGCGCCGUGUUCGCGGCUCUGCUGCACUUCUUCUUCCUGGCGGCGUUCACGUGGAUGUUCCUGGAGGGCGUGCAGCUCUACAUCAUGCUGGUGGAGGUGUUCGAGAGCGAGCACUCGCGCACCAAGUACUUCUACCUGGCCGGCUACGGCGUGCCAGCGGUCAUCGUGGGCGUGUCCGCCGCCGUCGACUACAGGAGCUACGGCACCGACAGAGUAUGUUGGCUGCGCCUCGACACAUACUUCAUCUGGAGUUUCAUUGGCCCGGCCACCUUGAUCAUCAUGCUCAACGUGAUCUUCCUGGGAAUCGCCCUCUACAAGAUGUUCCAUCACACCGCCAUCUUGAAGCCCGAUUCAGGCUGCCUGGACAACAUCAAGUCCUGGGUGAUCGGAGCCAUCGCGCUGCUCUGUCUGCUGGGCCUGACCUGGGCCUUCGGCCUGAUGUACAUCAACGAGAGCACCGUCAUCAUGGCCUACCUCUUCACCAUCUUCAACUCGCUGCAGGGGAUGUUCAUCUUCAUCUUCCACUGCAUCCUGCAGAAGAAGGUGCGUAAGGAGUAUGGGAGAUGCCUGCGCACACACUGCUGCAGUGGCAAGAGUGUGGAAUCCACAAUAUCCACCUCCAGCAAGAACAGCACCGCCCGCACACCACGCUACUCCACCGCCUCGCAGAGCCGAAUCCGCCGGAUGUGGAACGACACGGUGAGGAAGCAGACAGAGUCCUCCUUCAUCUCGGGUGAAAUGAACAGCUCAGCAACUCUCAACAGAGCUCCCUACAGAGACUCAAAAGGAAUCCUCAACAACGCGCGCGACUCCAGCGUGAUGGACACGCUGCCGCUCAACGGUAACCACGUCAACAGCUACACGAUGCCCGGCGGCGAGUACCUGAGCGACUGCGUGCAGAUCAUCGACCGCGGCUACAGCACCAUGCACAAGGAGACCACGCUGGAGAAGAAGAUCCUGAAGGAGCUCACCUCCAACUACAUCCCCUCCUACCUCAACAACCACGAGCAGCGGCCCAGCGAGCACAGCCGCAACCUGGCCAACAACACCCUCAACGGCAUGGGUGCGGGAGGGGUGGACCAGGACAACGCCAUGGUGCUGGACAACCCGUCCGCGUACCCGCACGACGAGGCGGGCGGCAUGAGCCUGGAGAUCAUCCGCGAGGAGUCGCAGGCGCCGCUUCUGCCCCCGCGCCCGCCGCCGCCCGAGAACCACCAGCCGCUGCAGACCUUCUCCACCCGCCGCCGCCACCACCCGGCCCAGGAGGCGCCCAGCGAGAGCUUCUACCCGCUGCUGCCGGACUCGACGCGCUCACCCUCGCCCUCGCCACACCGGGACUCGCUCUACACCAGCAUGCCCGCGCUCGCCGACCUGCCGCACGGCCAGAUGAUCAACGGCGAGGAGGAGGAGGAGGACGGCAGCGACCUGCAGCUGCCCAACGGCAAGAGCGGCAGCGGGAGCGUGGACGCGGACGACGUCUACUACAAGAGCAUGCCCAACCUGGGCAACACCCGCAGCCAGGUCCACCAGCUGCACAGCUACUACCAGAUGGGCCGCGGGGGCAGCGACGGCUUCAUCGUGGCCCCCGAGAAGGAGGAGUCGUCCCCCGAGGAGCCCCCCCAGGACCCCUCACACCUGGUGACCAGCCUAUAGACCGCACGCCCCCAAGCCUGGGCGGCCCAGGGAUUGAGCUCGGACGAGUGUGUGUGAGAGAGAAUGUGUGUGUGUGUGUGUGUGUGAUUGCGUAUGUGUGUGUGUGAUUGCGUAUGUGUGUGUGUGUGUGUGCGUGUGUGUGUUUGUGUAAGUAUGGGAGUGUACUCCUGCCUGACCCCCCGUGCGGACGGACGAUAGUACCCAGUGCUCAGUUGUGUGUGAGCGCGUGAGACCACAUGACGGAGAGAGUGGCAGGAGCGCCAGGGUCAGAACACUCACUGUGUGUGAAUAGAGAAAACGUGCUCGGGAUAAAAAAAAAGAACUCUUUGAUAAAGGAAGGACCAUACACACUGGCUACGCCCGACUUGUGGAUACUUGUUUGAUGUUAUCCGUUAAUCUUAGACUUGACUUUUUACAGUCUGCCAACUGUUUGACCUGCCCACGUCCACUGCAGUGCAUCCACACACAGAGUCAUCGUCAGGAGAGCCACCCCCAACAGACCGCGUCCUAGCGUCCUAGCGUCCUAGCGUCCUAGCGUCCUAGCUAGGUCUCUUUUGCAUCCGUACGGAUUUGGACAUGGUGUGGGAACGCCAGCGAAAGACUACCAGAUUUGAGCUGAAACUCAGACUAGCUGCCACAUAGAGUAUGUAACCCCAGAGAUACUGUACGUGACUGUAUCGAGCGACGUCCCCCUCCACCCCUCUCCCGUACCUUACCGGUUGGACUGCUGCAUCCAUCCUCUCACAUUCCCACAGGGUUCUCAAAGCACUCUUUUGUUGGGUGGUCAGUGCUUUCUCCUGAUGCAUUAGUUCACACCCUGAGGAAAGCAUCUUGUGAUCACAGACUGCAAGCAUCUUUCUUUACACCCCUGUUUUUCCUUUCCGAUAAGAGUUUCAGUUGCUGAGGGGGAAAAAAACAUUAAACAAAUCCUAAAUACAGAGAAAUAAUGUAUUUCUGUGUAAAAUGUACAGAUACAAGCAUUGCAUAUGAUAUGCAUUUCAUGACUUUUUUUAUUUUGUACUUUUGUCUGUGUGUGUUUUACUAGAACAUAUUUCUUUCUUCUACCCUGGGGCCUCCGUUAUGUUACCCUACAGUGCCACUAGGAGUAAUCCCUCCUCUCUCGUUCUCUCUCUCUCUCUCUCUCACUCUCUCUCUGUUAUAAAAUAGAACAAGCACCACAGAACAAACACCACCUUUUUUCUAGCAUUAUAUAACCACUUUUGAUUUCUAUACUUAUAGUUUGGUUCUCCACUGAGUAGAAGUAAUGGCUAGGCGACUCAUGGAUCAAUAGCAAGGGGGCAUCCAUGCUGCACUUUGAGAGGAGCAUCCAGAUGUCCUAAUGGUUGCUAUAGCGAUGCCCCCUGACCUGUGUCAGAGGGGAGUGGGCAGCUCGCCGGGCUGUUUCUGUGAGCUGAACUCGUCCCCUGCGUUAGUGUAGUCGAGAGCCACAGCUGCUCUUCCUCAGAACAAGUUGAUGAUCUCACCGUGGUAGACCACAGACGGAGCGUCUCUACUUUGCUUUUCUUACCAAACUCAAUGUGAAUUGAUGUCUGAAGAGAUGUGGCCUCUGAAAGGGCACACUUAGAGAAGAACAACAUUGUGUAAACACACAAGCCAGGAUGUUUCUCAUGAUAAAGACAUGGUUUACUUAUUUGAGAGAGGAGAGUAAACUGUAGCCUGCACAUAUCCCCCUCCCCACACCUGCAUCCCAUGCCCCUACGAGCCCCUUUCCCAAAGGAUUAAAAAAAAAAAAACUAUAUUUAUUUGUUGGAUGGUUUUCAUGCAAAGAACAUUUACGAUUUAAACUGCAAGAGUAGAGGUCCAGAUAAGAGUGAACCAUGCAGCACUGGUGCGUUUUAAAUUAUCCUCAUUAUAACAGUAAUUAUUGAUUAUUAUUUAUUAUGUUAUUUUGUAUGGGUUUGGGAGUUGAAUGAUCUCAUAACUAAUAUUUGUUGUAACAGUGAAAAGUUGUUUGCCAACAAAUAAAUUACUGAGUAAAAUUUACAA